AUGCCGUCAGAUAGUGAACUGGAGUUUCUUAAGCCUCAGGUACCACACCUGGGAACAAAAGCUUUAAAUAAACGAGCAUUGAAUGAAGUCAGUAUAAACUCAACGGUUACAGAAAGGCCACUCAAGAAACCAUCAAUUAGUCAAGAAAUGACCAGACCUGGAGAGGAUGAAAAUGGGGGAACUUUCGUCUCGCACAUACCCAAACCAUCUUCUAAUCUCCUGCAGGGAUUGAAGAGCCUCACUGAAAGGAAUAGAAUGACCAGUGGCAUACCUACUCCUGUUGCACCAUCGACAGCAGGAAAAGGGCAAAUUAAUAUACAACACAUAAACAGGCUAAUCGGGUUGAAAGAAACUUUAUCAAAAAAAUCUGGAGUAGCGGAGUCGGCUGAAACUAGGCCAACACUUCGUACGCGUGUUAGUCAAAUAGAGCAAACGCUUGCAAGUGAUAUAAGAAGACAAAACGACAUCCAUCAAGACGUGAACAGUCAAUUAAACGAACUUAGUGAGAAAGCAGAAGAUUUAGAACAGGAAUUAAUAGAAUUGAAACGGUCAAUGAAAAAGUCUUCUCAUGCUUUGGCUGAUAUUUCUAUUUCAAUUAAUCAACUGAAAAGAAAAUUCCAAUAUACGGAGGAUUCUGUAAUGAAGAACGUUGAACAUAAAGAGCAGCUAAUCAAUAUCCAAAUCCAAGAGCUUUCGAAUACUUUAUCCUCGCAGUUUAAUGAAAUUCAGUUUCAAUUGCAACAUGAGCUCCAGGGAGCUAAAUUCUAUAGAGAUGAUGCACUUUUGACAGACAUCGACCUGCUCAACAGACAAAGGGAGACUUUGAAGAAUCAAUUGAAUGAAACAAAAAUAAGAAAACAGCAAGUAAUUAAGAGUGAAUCUAGUCAACUAGAGAAUGAAUUAAAUAAACUCCUUGAACCUAGAGUCCAAGAAAUUGAAAAAAUGAAAGAGAAGUAUCAACAAGAAGUGAAUAGUUUAGCAACAACUCUAAAAGAUCUCGAAACCGUUCAGCAAGAAAUAGAAACUAAGAGAAAGGAACAAAAUUUGAUGCAUGAUACAAUUGAAGGUUAUAUUUCAAAGACAAACAGUUUUGAAGAUCAAAAAGCGACAUUAAUUAAUAGUUUGAGCGAUCUCGAAUCACAACUAGACUCGGUGAAACAGGCACUGGAUAUACGCAAUUCUGAUUUGAGAAGUGCCUUAUCAACUUAUAACAGCAUGAUAAAAAAAAAACAGAAGUACGAACUUCAAAAAAUGAAGAUUGAGAACUCGAUAAUGAACUAUGAAGGUAAAAUGAGAAUAUAUAUCAAAAUAACUGAAGUUAAUAAUAAAAAGGAGUUUUACCACGAAGGAAAGCUUUAUACUUUUAAUCAAGUUGUUAAUGCUUCUGAGAAGUUAGCAAAUGAUCAUUUAAUCAGAAACUUUCAGGUUUUAGUUGAAAGCUUGCUAUAUGGAAACAAUGUCUCUAUAACGUAUACGGGUUAUAGAGAUGAUGAAUUAAUUGCCGAGUCAAUUUGCAAAAGUUAUAUGAGCUUAAUAAGCGCUUUUCGUGGACAUCAAAAACAAGCUAUGACAAUAAGUUUGAAGUGCAUGGAAAUUAAGGACUCAUUGGAAGAUUUGUUUGACUCUAAUCGCAUUGUCAGUCACCUGAACCUUUCUACCAGCUUGAGUCAGCUCAAUUCUCAAAAAAUGUUAAUCGACAAUGAGGAUGGCCUAAUAAAAGUAAUUAGAGAUUUUGCUACUUCCUCAAACAUUAUAUAUAUUAUGAAUGUUGAUAUACAAUAUCCCGAGCUGUUGAAGUCAUUUGAGAGUAAUUUGAUGUUUUUGAACUUAAUGUCUAGCGAUACACUGCAACAGAUGAACUAUUUAAAUGGGUUUGUUGAUACAAGCGGUCAAAAUGUGAUAUCAAAAUUAUUGCGUUAUGCAAAACAGAAUAGCAAAACCUUAUUAAUAUCGAACCUUGCAGAAAAAAAUAAGUCAUACACCCCGAUUUUGCAAGCCUUAGAGACAAUCAAAGAGACUUGUCUAUAA